AGAGUGCUUCCACUUCUGGUGUGUUGCUCCAUGCCUUCUCCCAUCCCCCUGACUCGCUUCCUUCCCCGAGAGUUUUCCCCCUCCGUAGACUCGCGGCCAUGCAGCAGCCCCUUGGAGCGGCCUGGCCCAGCCGGGGCCCUCUCCCUGGGCGGGACGCCUUUCCCCAGAGCCCGCCGGUUACCCCCGCGGCUGGCCUGGUGUUCCAUCGACUGGGAACGGGUGUGUUUCCUUCAGAGGCUGGGGACCGGGGGGUUCGGCUCCGUCUACAAGGCCACCUACCACGGGGUCACGGUGGCCGUCAAGGAGGUGAAGAAGUACAGCAAGAACCGGCUGGCGUCCAGGCAGAGCUUCUGGGCCGAGCUGAACGUGGCCCGGCUCCGCCACGCCAACGUCGUGCGGGUCGUGGCUGCCAGCACGUGCACCCCCGCCGAUCAUAACAGCCUGGGGACCAUCAUCAUGGAGUAUACGGGCAGCAGCACCCUGCAUCACCUCAUCUACGGGGCCGGCCCUUGCCAAGAGGAGGGCCUGGGCCGAGAGUGCUUAAACCUGGCUACCUGCCUGAGGUACUCUCGGGACGUCGCGAGCGGCUUGCUCUUCCUUCACUCCCAAGGCGUCGUCCACUUGGACCUGAAGCCGGCCAACAUCUUGAUUACUGAGCAGGACACCUGCAAAAUCGGUGACUUCGGCUGCUCCCAGAGACUAGAGGAUCUGGUGGGCUCCGGAACCCAGCACUGCCAUUUGGGGGGCACCUACACCCACAGAGCCCCGGAGCUCCUGAAGGGAGAGACGGUCACCCCCAAAGCAGACAUUUACUCGUUCGCUAUAACCCUCUGGCAGAUGGCCACCAAGGAGGUACCUUAUUCGGGGGACCGCCACUACGUGGUCUAUGCUGUGGUGGCCUAUAAUCUGCGCCCUUCCCUCUCAGCCUCCAUCUUCUCCGACUCCCCGCCCGGCCAGAGGCUGGAGCGCCUCAUCGACCGCUGCUGGGCGUCCAGCCCCCCGCGUCGACCCGGCGCCGAGCUCCUCCUUCGCGACCUCGAUUCCUUGAGUGCCGAUUUGGGCCGACUUCACUCCUGAAACCCGCACCCGAAACAGAUGAGCUCUCUUUUGUAUUUUACCCGUCUUGUUCUCGUUCCUGGUCUUCUUGUUCUUUCGGUUCAAGAAGGGGGCGGGGUAGAGGGAGGAAAAUAUGCUG